AUACUGGGCUGUUUUGGGCCAAACUGGGCUGUUCUGGGCCAUACUGGGGUGUGCGGAGCCAUACUGGGCUGUACUGGGCUGUUCUGGGCCAAACUGGGCUGUUCUGGGCCAUACUGGGGUGUGCGGAGCCAUACUGGGCCGUACUGGGCUGUUCUGGGCCAUACUGGGGUGUGUGGAGCCAUACUGGGCUGUAUUGGGCCAUACUGGGUCUUACCGAGCAAUACUGGGCUGUACUGGGCCAUACCAGGCUCUGUGGGUCUGUGCUGGGCCAGACUGGUCUGUAUGGGGCCACACUGGGCUGUGCUGAGCCAUACGGGGUCAGACAAGGCUGUGUGCAGCUGGACUGGUCCGUACUGGUCCAUACUGGUCUGUACUGGUCCGUACUGGGCCAUACUAGUCCGUACUGGGCCAUACUGGUCCGUACUGGUCCGUACUGGUCCAUACUGGUCCGUACUGGUCUGUACUGGUCUGUACUGGGCCAUACUGGUCAGUACUGGUCCGUACUGGUCCGUACUGGUCCGUACUGGUCCGUACUGGUCUGUACUGGGCCAUACUGGUCAGUACUGGUCCGUACUGGUCCGUACUGGUCUGUACUGGUCCGUACUGGUCCGUACUGGUCCAUACUGGUCCGUACUGGUCCGUACUGGUCCGUACUGGCCCGUCCCCUGUCCCCACAGGCCCCGUGGCGACGCCCAGACGGGACCGACAUGGAGCCCUGAGAGGAGGCGCCGCCGGGGCGGGCGGAGGAUGGCGAAGCUGCUGGUGCCGCUGGUGAUGCUGGGGGCGGUGGCGGGGUCCCACCGCUGCCCCCCCCGCUGCCUCUGCCCGGCGGCCGCCCCCAACCCCACCCUCCUCUGCGCCCGCACCGGCCUCCUGGCCGUGCCCCCCAGCCUGGACCGCGCCGCCGUGGAGCUGCGCCUGGCCGACAACUUCAUCGGCGCCGUGGGGCGCGCCGACUUCGCCAACAUGAGCAGCCUGGUCCACCUCACCCUCUCCCGCAACGGGCUGCGCCGGUUGGCGCCCGGCGCCUUCGCCGACCUCCGCGCCCUCCGCGCCCUCCACCUGGACGGCAACCGGCUGCCGGCGCUGAGCGGGGCGCAGCUGCGGGGCUUGGCCAGCCUCCGCCACCUCAUCCUGGCCAACAACCAGCUGGCCGCCAUCGAGCCCGCCGCCUUCGCCGCCUUCGCCGCCACGGUGGAGGAUCUCGACCUCUCCCACAACAACCUGCCGGCGCUGCCGUGGGAGGCGGUGGCCGGCAUGGCCAGCUUGGCCACGCUGACGCUGGACCACAACCUGCUGGAGCGGGUCCCCGCCGGGGCGGUGGCGCGGUUGCCGCGGUUGGCGCGGUUGGAUCUCACCGCCAACCGGUUGCGGGCGCUGCCGCCGGUGCCGGGACCGCCGGGACCCAGUCUGGCGGCUGGGGGGAACCCGUUGCAUUGCAACUGCGAACUGCUGUGGUUGCGCCGGUUGGCGCAGCCGGGCCGGUUGGAGAGCUGCGCCUCGCCGCCGCCGCUCGCCGGCCGCCUGCUCUGGGCCGUGCCGGAGGAGGAGCUGGCGUGCCGGGCGCCGGCCAUCGCCGGAGCGGCCGCCGACCCCGCCGCCGUCUUGGAAGGUCAACCCUUACGGUUGGGCUGCGCGGCCGCCGGCGACCCGCCGCCGGCCUUGCACUGGUUGGGGCCCGACGGGCGGCUGGUGCAGAACGGGUCGCGCCGCGCCGUCCGCCCCGACGGCUCCUUGGAGCUGCGGGUGGCCACGCUCCGCGACCACGGCGCCUUCACCUGCGUCGCCUCCAACGCCGCCGGCGAGGCGGCCGCCCGGGUGCAGGUGGCCGUCCUGCCGCUGCCCGUCCCCCGCGGUGACGCCGACGCCGACGCCGGGCCCGGCCCUUCCGACAUGGCCCGCGCCGGCGGCAACGAGUCGCGGGCGGCGGGCGAGCGGCGCAUCGUGGCGGCCGAGCUGACGGCCUCCUCGGCGCGCAUCCGCUGGCUGCCCCAGCGCCACGUCCCCGGCAUCCGCAUGUUCCAGAUCCAGUACAACAGCUCCCUCGACGACUCCCUCGUCUACAGGCUGCUGCCACCCUCCAGCCGGAGCUUCGUGCUGCGGGACCUGGCCGCGGGGCGCGAGUACGACCUCUGCGUCUCGGCGCUCUACGCCGAGGGGACGACGGCGCUGCCCACCGCCCGCGCCCUCGGCUGCGUCCGCUUCGCCACGGCCGGGGGGGCCCCCGGCUGCGCCGCCCUCCCCCGGCCCCACUUCUUGGGGGGCACCGUCAUCAUCGUCAUCGGCGCCGCCAUCGCCGCCUCCGUCCUCGUCUUCAUCCUCAUCCUCACCGCCCGCUACAAGGCGGCGGCCGCCCGCCGCCCCCCCGCCGCCGUCGCCAGCGUCUGCUCCCAGACCAACGGCACCCACAGACCCCCCGAGCCGGAGCCGCCGCCGCCGCCCCCCGCCACCCUCCCACCCCCAGCACCCAUGGGUGCUGCGGGGGGCGGGGCGCGGGAGCUCUUCCCCAGCCACAGCUACCCGCGGCGCGCACGGACUCGGCGCCACGGCUCGCUGCCGCGCCUCGACCUGCCCGACGCGGCCCCCCCCCUGCGCCCCUCUUUCGGCAGCACCCACUGGAUGCUCGAGAGCACCGUCUAGGGUGGGGGGGGUGGGUGGGGGGGAGCGGUGGGGGUGCGGGGGCGGGCGUGGGGGGUGGGCAGCACCCCAGGGUGCGCGGGGGCAGCCCCGGGGCCUCGGCAUCCCCCUGCGCCCCUGGGUGCUCACGUGCACCCCCGGGUGCCCAAACGCAGCGUUGGGUGCUCCUGCGGACCCCCAGGUGCCCAAAUACACCCUUGGGUGCUCCUGGGUGCCUGAACACAGAACCCUUGGGUGCUCCUGCACCUCCUCGGGUGCCCAAAUACAGCCUGGGGUGCUCCUGGGUGCCUGAACACAGCACCCUUGGGUGCUCCUGAACACCCCCAGGUGCCCAAAUACAGCGUUGGGUGCUCCUGGGUGCCUGAAAGCAGAACCCUUGGGUGCUCCUGCACCUCCUCGGGUGCCCAAAUACAGCCUGGGGUGCUCCUGGGUGCUGGAACACAGCACCCUUGGGUGCUCCUGCACCUCCUUGGGUGCCCAAAUACAGCCUGGGGUGCUCCUGGGUGCCUGAACGCAGCACCCUUGGGUGCUCCUGCACCUCCUCGGGUGCCCAAAUACAGCCUGGGGUGCUCCUGGGUGCUGGAACACAGCACCCUUGGGUGCUCCUGCACCUCCUUGGGUGCCCAAAUACAGCCUGGGGUGCUCCUGGGUGCCUGAACGCAGCACCCUUGGGUGCUCCUGCACCUCCUCGGGUGCCCAAAUACAGCCUGGGGUGCUCCUACGCACCCUUGGGUGCCUGAACACAGCACCCUUGGGUUCCCAAAUACACCCUUGGGUGCUGCUGGGUGCCUGAACGCAGCACCCUUGGGUGCCCAAACACAGCGUUGGGUGCUCCUGUGCACCCUUGGGUGCUUGUAUGCAGCAGCCUUGGGUGCCCAAAUACAUCCUUGGGUGCUCCUGGGUGCCCGAUCGCACCCCUGGGGUGCCUGGUGCCCCCGUGGGUGCCCCCACGCAGCCAUGGCUGCUCAGAUGCAGCCCCAGCACCCCUGGGUGCUGCAGGGCCCCCCACCCAACCCUCCCAUUCCCCCCCCCCCCCCCCCAGGUGGUUGCGGCUGCCACUGGGUGCCUGCACCCACCCCUGGGUGCUCCUUGAGGUCCCUGCGGGCACCCAUGUGCCUCCCCGGGCACCCAUUGGCAUCCAUGUGCCCCCCCGCCCCCCCCCCACUUCGGGGGCACCCAUAUGCAACCCAGUACCUACCUGGCACCCACGCGGGCACCCCUGGGACACGCGUGGGCACCGUGACACGCGUGGGCACCACGACACACGUGUGUGUGUGCGCCCUGACGGGGCGGGGGUGGGGGGAGGAACGCGUACGCCGGGACUUCUGCGCACACCCCCCCCCCCCCCCGAACACGUGUGUGCGUGCCCCCCCCCGCCCCGAACACGCGUGUGCGCAUGUGCCACCCCCCCGGCCUGCGCCUCCCCCCCCCCCCCCCCCCCCCCCCCGCCGCGGUGCCUUCGGCCGGGCUGGUGGCGGGGGGGGGGCCCCGCACACGCCACUGACAUGUCUGCACAGAUGACACGAGAACCGCAGCCCCCCCCCCCAACCCAGCCCUCCCGGGGGGGGGGGGGGGGGGAACGGAUACCCGGGUGUCCCCCGUGUGUGUCCCCCCCCCCGUGUCCCCCCCCCCCCCGCCUCGGCCCGGGGCCUCCUAUCUGGCUGGUCUGGAUAAUCCCCCCUUCC